AUGAUAGCACGGCAUAACGAAUUGAGGGAGAAAAUUAGACAGCUAACCUCGCUGUACGAUGUUACAUCGGCCGAAUGCAUAUAUGAGGACCAAGACCAAGACCCGACAGGAUCGUUGCGGAUCGGGGACUUAAGAUUGGCAACCGGGAAGCUAGAAGAUGACCCCGCCCAAGUACAGGACGAUCUCCUCGAAAUCAAUCUGGGGACAGAUGAAUCGCCUAAACCCAUAUACAUCAACGCAGGACUGGACGAAGGAUUCAGAGAGCAACUGGUCGCCCUACUCAUUGAAUUCCGCGACUGUUUUGCCUGGUCAUAUGAUGAAAUGUCGGGCCUUGAUCCCGAUAUCGCCGAGCAUAAGCUUCCAUUAAAGAGUGGGUUUCGGCCAUUUCGGCAACCCCCACGGCGAAUGUCCAGGGAAGUGGAUACUCUUAUCCAAGAUGAGAUUAAGCGGCUGGAAGACGCCAAGUUUAUCCGGGAGGCCCAGUACACCGAAUGGCUUUCCAACAUCGUACCAGUGAUGAAGAAAAACGGGAAGCUACGAGUAUGCGUAGAUUUUCGGAACCUCAACUUGGCCACACCCAAAGAUGAAAACCCGAUGCCUGUAGCCGAUAUGCUGAUCGACAGAGCAGCUGGACACACGAUACUCAGUUUCCUCGAUGCGCAUUCCGGGUACAACCAAGUCCCAAUCAACAAGGAAGACAUCUCCAAAACGGCUUUUAGGUGCCCCGGGCCGAUCGGAGCGGGCAACAUAUUAGAGGGCGAUGAACAAGAUGUUCAGAGCUGGAGUGUUUUGCUAAGAGGAAAAGAGACCGACGAGUGGAUAUGGACGGACGAGCAACAGCGGGUUUUCGACGAUUUGAAAGGUUACUUGGCGAAACCUUCAGUUAUGACCCCUCCGAAGCCGAACAAGCCGUUGUUGCUAUACCUAUCGGCUGCACACGAGUCCCUAGGAUGUAUGCUCGCCCAAGAGGACGAUGGAGUCGAGAGAGCAGUCUACUACUUAAGCCGAGGGUUGACGGACACAGAGAUUCGCUAUACCGACAUAGAAAAAAUGUGUCUAUGCCUGUACUUCACAUGUUGCAAGCUGCGAUACUAUAUGUUGCCGGUCGUAGUGUAUGUAUUAUCCCAGACCGACAUCAUUAAGUAUAUCUUAUCGAAGCCAUACCUGAGGAAUCGGAUCGGAAAAUGGGCGAUUGCAAUGUCCGAAUUCACAUUGGUGUACGUCCCCCAAAGGGCAGUAAAAGGACAAGUGUUGGCAGACUUCUUGGCCGAUCACCCUGGUAUUACUCUCAAGGAAGAGACACCUGAUCGGGUAGACAUCACGUUCUUCGACAUCGACGUAUGGAAGAUGUGGUUCGACGGAUCCAGGACAAGCCAGGGGGCAGGCGCGGGAGUACACAUCGUCACACCCUUGGGGGCAUCUUACCAGCUAUCAUUCAGACUCCAGUUCGAAUGCACCAACAAUCAAGCAGAAUAUGAGGCCCUCAUAUUCGGUUUUGAGAUUUUAGCCGAGCUAGGGGCGAGGGCGAUCAGUGUAAAAGGAGAUUCUUUGCUGGUCAUUAAACAAGUGACAGGAGAAUUUAAAUGCGAGUCCGAGCUGUUGGUGAGGUAUUGCAACAAGGCGAAACACCUGAUCGAAGGCUUCCAAGACACGAGAAUAGAAUACACGGAGAGGGCCGAUAACGGCGUUGCAAACGACCUAGCUCAGCACGGGAGCGGUUACAAGGUAAACCGAGAAUUCGACGCCAUAGAGAGGGAAACACCGAAUCUCCACACCGGGGGCAUCACGAUCGACGAAAGACAGUUCUCGGUGUACCAGCUGGACGUCACCCAAGAUUGGAGGGACGAGCUCCUAAAGUGGUUCGAAAAACCAGACGCCACGAAUAGGAGGUUGAGGACUUUAGCCCUUAAUUAUGUGGUCUUAGCCGGCGAAUUAUAUAAGAAGGGCUUUGAAGGGCUACUCUUCAGAUGCAUCGGUCCGAAAGAGGCGAUGCUUGCUAUGGCCGAGGUACACGAAGGGAUAGCAGGCGCCCACCAGGCGGGUCCCAGAAUGAGGUGGCUCAUCCAUAAAUACGGCUUUUAUUGGCCGAAAAUGGAACAAGACUGCAUAAGAUAUGCUAAAGGUUGCGAAGCCUGUCAGAAAUUCGGCCCAAUACAACACGUCCCGGCCGAAGACCUGCACUCCAUCAUCAAGCCUUGGCCAUUCAGAGGAUGGGCGGUCGACCUGAUAGGGAAAGUAUACCCCGGCUCGUCUGAUGGUCAUGCUUUUGUGAUUAUCGCCACUUGCUACUUCACCAAGUGGGUCGAAGCUAAACCUUUGAAGUCGCCGACACAAAAAGCGGUGAUCAAGUUCUUCAAAGAAUACAUCGUCCACCGACACGGCUUGCCCGAGUUCAUAACCACAGAUCAAGGGACGAUGUUCACAGGAAGCGAUAUAAGUUGGUGGGCCUCCCAAAUGAAGAUAAAGAUGUUGCAUUCAACACCGUACUACGCCCAGGCCAACGGACAGGCCGAAGCCACGAACAAAGCCAUCAAGCUCAUAGUUCAAAAAAUGAUUGAAGAAAACCCAAGGCAAUGGCAUGUGUUUUUAUCAGAAGCUGUUUGGGCGAAUAGAACCAGUCAAAAGUCGGCUACUGGGACCUCGCCUUUUAGACUGGUGUAUGGUUACGAUGCGAUGUUACCAAUGGAGCUAACCGUCACGUCUACGCGCCGCAGAUACCAAUGCGAAUUGUCCAAAGAAGAUUACUUUGACAAGAUGGUAAUAGAUUCUCUGGACCUUGACGAAGAACGUUUGACGGCGUUAGACCACUUAGAAGCCCAGAAAGGAAGGGUCGAGAGAGCUUACAACAAACGGGUAAAACGAAAAGCUUUUGUCGUGGGCGAUAUAGUGUGGAAAGCAGUCUUGCCUAUCGGCCACAAAGACACUCGGCUUGGCAAAUGGAGCCCGAACUGGGAAGGCCCCUUUAUUGUGGUCAACAAGUUAGAAGGCGGUGCUUACUUGCUGGCAAACAUUGAUGGAGAGGAACACGAAAGGGCGAUCAACGGCCAAUUCCUGAAAAAAUACGUCCCUAGCUGUUGGGAGGGCGUAGACCGUCGGUUGUUUGGAGCCACCGAAGAAUAA